AUGUCGGCGGCACCAGAUCUGCCAUUGGAGCACUACCCACUUGGGACUCUCGUCGAGAAGCAUAACGAAAGUCAGGAGGCGACUCCUGGCAAUGCACCUAGAAUACCCGACUCGGCGACUGGAGCUGAAGCUUCACCCAACAAUCACGGCUCCGUCUCCAGCAAUAAUAACAGGAAUGUUGAUGUUGCAGUUGGUUCGUCAGACAGUGCGACCAAACAAAAGGUGUACCAUACUGGAUGGCGGCUUCAUGCUUUAACCGCAGCUCUCUGCUUGAGCCUAUUGCUAUCGACAUUGGAGACUACCAUUGUAAGCACGGCUCUGGUCUCAAUCGUUGAUGCCCUUCAAGGUUUCAACAUGGCCGGUUGGAUCGUGACAUCCUACUUGGUAACAUACACCGGUUUCCUUAUUAUUUACUCCAAGCUGAGUGACAUAUUUGGCUGCAAACUGAUGCUAUUGAUUGCCAUCACCAUAUUUACUAUCUUCUCCAUGGCGUGUGGCGCUUCGGACUCGAUGGUUCCUCUGAUCAUCUUCCGCGCAUUUCAGGGAAUGGGUGGCUCCGGUAUCUACUCUCUGUCGACAAUCAUGGUACCGCUCAUGGUGCCUCCCGAGAAGUACGCAACCUACAUCUCCAUCAUGUCCUCAACCUUUAUCCUCUCGAGUGUCCUCGGCCCGAUCCUUGGAGGCGCAAUUACAGAUAACACGACAUGGCGUUGGGUGUUCUACUUCAAUGGCCCCGGAGGAGCGCUUGCAGCUGUUCUUCUUGCCUUCUCGGUCCCGUUCAACUUUCCCUACGGCGAAUCCGAUCGAUUCUUUCAUUCCCUCGCAUCGAAACAAAUGUGGAAGCGGGUCGACUUUGUGGGUAUGGUUGUGUCAUUAGCUGCCUCCAUCCUCAUCGUCUUUGCACUCGAACAAGGUGGCGUGGCCUACCCUUGGGGUAGUGGUGCUAUUGUAUCAACCUUUGUACUCUCUGGCGUCUUGUGGAUUGCCUUUGUUGUUUGGGAGCGACUGCUCUCCAAGAAAGGUGGUGUCCGUGAGCCCAUGUUCCCAUGGAGCCUGGUGCACAACAGAAACGGAUUCUUUACAGGAUUCCCCUUUAUGGCUGCUCUUAUCAACAUACCGCAGAGAUUCCAAACGGUCAAUGGAACGUCAGCUAUUAACGCGGGCAUUCGCACACUGCCGCUGCUUCUCCUGUCUCCACUUGCGACCGCUAUCAAUGGGAUCUUGGUGUCUAAGCUAGGAGUCCCUCCUCUUUACACGCUACUUCUAGGAGGUUCAUUACAGACAAUAGGAGUUGGCCUAUAUAGCUCCCUACAAUCAUCGACCUCUAUCGCCUCGGCGCAAUAUGGUUACGAAGCUAUUAUGGGUCUCGGUUUCGGCUUUAACCUUAGUACAAUACUGAUGAUGGUGCCUCUAGUCGUCACUGAGAAAGAUCUAGCUGUCACAAUGGGUUCUGUGACACAGAUCAGAGUGUUGGGAGGCACAAUCGGACUUGCCGUGUGUUCCGCUCUGCUUAUUAAUCACAUCAAGAGAGAAGCUUUCAAGUUCUUGACAGCAGAGCAAGUUGCACAAAUACUGCUGUCCUCAGAGAAUAUUGAGACCCUUGCAUCCGAGACACAAAAUCGGAUAAGAGUUUUAUAUGCAGAUGCCUACUCGGAGCAGAUGAGGGUAAUGCUUUAUUUCUCCAUCGCAUCUAUUUUGUCACUGGUGCUUCUCGUUGAGAGACAGCCAAGAAAGGCUCCCACUAAGCCGGAGAGAGCAGCUUAG